AUGGAGCUGCUGCAGUCGUUCGUGCAGUCGGCCGACGGCACGCUGUCGCCCGCCGCCGUCUCUUCGGUGGAACGCAUCAUGCACCACUCCUUCUCUCUCAUCGCCUUCGCCAAGAGACACGCGCCCACGCCUUAUCCGGCGUCAUUGGGCGUGUUCUGUAUUUUAUCGACCGAGGUGCUCCUCCACCUGUUCUCCUUCCUCAGCCCGCGCGACCUGUGCGCCCUUCGUCCGGUCUGCAGGCUCUUCCUCAACCUCUCGAAAGAGCCGGCGCUGUGGCGCGCGGCGUGCUAUCGGGACUUUGGGGAGGCGACCAUCCACAACAAGCUGCACCUCACCCUCAACAAAACGUGGGAGUGGGUCUACCAGGCCAAAGCAAAACGAGGCCACGGAGAGCAACUCUUGCGGGCGAUCUACAGAGAAGCAUGGGGGCGAACGGGUCUGUACGAAAGCGUCCGAGACAUCACCGUGGAAGACCCCUCUCCCGAGUUCAAGCUCCUACGGGACAUCACUGAUCUUCGUCUGUGUCUCGAGAGUGGCUUCCUCAAGGGCGUGCCGGGCGACAAGAUCGACCCCGAGCAGCUGCGAGCGGUGCAGAGCCGAUUCAAGCUGGCCAAGAGUCAGAUCGAACACCUGCACGAGGUCCUGCGCUACGUGCACCUGGACCGGUGCGACGACCAGGCCGUCACGCGGUUCCGGCUGUCCGUCAAGCGACGACUGCACAAGAAGUACCAGGACUGGCUGGCCGGGUUCGAGGCCGGGGAAGCACGCAAGAACGAGCUGGACGACAUCUACCGCGAGGAGAUCGAGGGCGUCUACUCUUCUCUCGCUCGCCGGCUCCGCACCCACCUGCCCCCUCUCCCCCCCACUCACCCAAGUGAUUUAUAG